AUGCUUGGUAUUGACGAUGAUUCGGUCUUCAGCGACCUUGAAGAGGAAGAGCUUCAACACCCUGUUCCAAGAAAGGAUGGGGACACCAACGGGAGAAUAAUCUAUUUGUCCCGGGAUCUCGGAAUGCCCAAGAACUUGGGUGACCCAGUCCUAUGCGACUUUGCGCCAGAAGUAAUCCUAGGCAUUCCGUGGACAUACAGUGUCGAUAUCUGGGAUAUUUACGAGGGCGGCUCUUUGUUCACCAGUCAAGACCCCGAAUUCGAGAAGUACCGAAGUCGAGCCUAUCUUGCCGAUAUUAUCAAUCUUCUUGGGCCCCCGCCGCCUAGUCUUGUUGCCCGAGGCGAGCUGAGAGACAAGCUUUUCUCUAGCGAAGGUGAUUUCCUCACUCAAAAUCUGAUAACGAGUCAGGUUCCGCUGGAGGAGCGGGAAACUACUCUUGAGGGAGAAGAGGAGCGAGAGUCGUUUUUGUGCUUUAUGCGGAAGAUGCUGCAGUGGGAGCCUAACAAGCGAAGCUCUGCCAAGGAACUGGCAGAGGACGAAUAG